AUGUUUCGCCGAGUCGUGACGCUGCUGUCUGCUGCGGCGCUGAGCUCCUUAGCCACCGUGUCGGCCGCCCCGCUGCAGGCACUGACCUUCAAGCAGCCGUAUGAGGUGGUGAACUCUGACGGUCGACGUCAGAUCUCGGACGACAUCAUCUACGGCGGCACCACGGAGGUCAAGAAAAACUUCAUCCGCCUCACACCCGACCGCCAGAGCAAGCGCGGUCACAUCUGGAGCAAGAGCUCCAUCAAUCGGGAUGAACUCGCCACGGUCAUCACCUACCGUAUCCACGGCCAGGGCAAGAAAUGGUUCGGCGACGGUAUUGGCCUUUGGUUCACGCAUGAGCCACAGUGGAAGAAUGGCGACAACCACGGCUUCACGGACAAGUAUACGGGCUUCGGUAUCGUGCUAGACACGUUCCACAACGUGGAGCACCGUGGCGGCCACAAGGAUGUGACAAUCCAGGUCAAUGACGGCACUAAGCGUCUGGACGACCUCAACGACGAAAACAAAAUCGGAUGCGACGCCGCCUUCCGCUACCACUCGAACAGUGCCAACUUUGACCCUGUCUACAGCUCGUCACGCAUCCGCGUCAAGAUCAAGGGCAUCGCUCUUGAAGUAGAUGUCGACCCGAACAACACAGGUACCUGGACUGAGUGUUACAAGGGUAACCUCCCGUUCCAAAAUGACUGGCUUCGUCGCGCUACCUUCGGUAUCUCGGCGUCGACUGGCGCUCUGGCUGACAACCACGAUAUUCUGCGCGUGCAGUCGUUCGACCAGACUAACGACGCCGGUCUAGGCACGGUAGAUGCCGAGACGUGGUCGCACAAUUACUCGAAGGACUUCGUGUCUCUCAUGGAGAGCGAUGUGUGCGACCAGUCGUGCAAGGUGACGAUCCUGGAGAAGUACGUGACCAACUUCCAGGUCGAGACGGAGCAUUGGUUCGAGAUGCUCCGCGAGCAGACAGAGAACACUAUCAACAAGCUAAAGGAGAAGGAACGCCAGAAUCAACGCAAGAUCCAGGCGCUGACAGACCGCAUGACGACCAUGAUGGAGCAGAAGAUUGGGCAGAAGAUGGCGGAUGUGCGCUCUAAGGUAAACGAGAAGAUCGCCACGGAGGUCGAGGGCGAGCUCACGGUGGCAAGCUCCAGCUGGCGUCUGCCGUUCUUCAUUAUGCUUGUGCUAAUCGCUGGCGGUGUGGGCGUGGCCUACCAGAAGUACCGCAAGCUAGUCAAGAGCCACCUGUACUAA